CGACGCGUCAUGCCUGAAGACUUUUUCGUAAUGCGUGUCUUGGGUCGUGGUGGAUUUGGACUCGUGACAGCCUGUAAGAAAGGAACGUCCGGAAAAUUAUACGCCAUGAAAGUGAUGAACAAAAGACGGAUAAAGAUGAAGAAGUCGGAACAACUUGCCUUAAAUGAACGGUACGCAUUGGCGGCGGUCGAGAGCAACUUUGUCGUCAAUCUGAAAUAUUCGUUCCAAUCGAAAGAUGAGGUGUACCUGAUUCUUGAUCUCAUGACCGGCGGAGAUCUGGGUUUUCUUUUGCACCAGAGAGGGCGGUUUCCGAAAAGGGAAUGUCAAUACUAUACUGCGCGUAUAAUGCUUGGAUUACAAGCUUUGCACGACAAAACGUAUGUAUAUCGCGAUCUUAAACCGGAGAACUGCUUGUUAGCAGACGAUGGUCGCGUCAAAAUUACUGACCUCGGUCUAGCCAUCAAAGUCACACCCGACCUUCACGGAGCAGCAGGAACCCGAGGGUACUGGGCCCCUGAAAUGCUACGGCGCGACAAGAAAGGGAAGAGGAAACCUUAUGGUCACUCUGUAGAUUGGUUUAGUUUUGGGUGCUGUGUUGCCGAGUUUAUUUCAGGAUCGAAUCCAUUUCGAUCCGAGGCAGCGCUGAACUUUGGGCUGGACAGCGGCAAGCAAACGAAAGAAAAAGCUAUUGAUUAUGCUACACUGGAGAUGGAUCCGCAAUUUCCAGAUGAUAAGUUCGAGCCGGAAGCCGCAGACUUAUGUAGCAGGCUACUUGAUAAGAAUGAAAAAACAAGAUUAGGUUCUUCCGGAUGUGAAGAGAUAAUGGCACAUCCAUGGUUCAAGAAUAUGAAUUGGGAAGCAAUUAUAUCCGAUCGAAAACGACCGCCGUUCGUUCCCGCCAAAGAUGUGAACGCAGCAAGUCAGUCGGAAAUUGGGAACUUUGUCGAGGACAAAGCCUACCAAGCGAUGGUCAUAACGGAAGAAGACGAAAACGUCUACAAGUACUGGGACUGGACUAACCCACAUGCCUUUGCUGCGGAAGUGAUUGAAUUUCUCAUCUACGAGCGAAAAACAGGGGAACCGUUGGUCCCAACCAAUCACAGUGCAACCUGUUGUUGUACACUUUUGUAGUUGUGUCGAUCAUCUCUUUUUGAAUGGCACCGUGAACAAAUUCGAGUAAUAAGAAAUAUUAGAACAGCUCUAGCGAUGUUUCGGUUC